AUGUAGUCUCGUGGAAUAGAAAUCGAAGAAAAAUUGUGGAAAUAAUUUUCCCGGCUUUUCCUACGAAAUUAAUCUAUUUUAUAAAAUAAUUACGUUCGUUCUUCGGCGAAUUAUUCAUGCAAAUCUCGCUAAUUUCCCUAAAGUCGCGGUAAUUCGUCGAAAAUGCACUUCAGUGACGUCACAAACAGGUUUUUUUAAAAUUGAAAAUUUGAAAAACAAUGAUAAGAAAAUGCCGACUUUCACAUUGAAGAUUACAGAUUUUGAAUUUUUCCUAUUUCCGUAAUUUUUAAAAUAAAUCAUGAGCUGUGAAGAUUUUUUAGAAUUUCAGGAUUACCUGAAGAAAUCGAGAGAUAUUGAUGAUAAGUUGAUAUAUACGCUCAAUGCUUCCCUACCGACUCAGUCCUUCAAGACGGAUUUGUCCAAAAAAUGUCACGAGUUACAGGAUACACUGGAAGCUAAUUACAGAACGAGAGAAUCGUCAAUUUUACGUUGUAUUAACUUAGCCACGGAAAAUGUCAAGCAAUUGAAGACAAAGCAGAGUAAUAAUUCUGAUGAUUUCAAAUUAGCAAAAACUUUGAAGAAAGAACAAAAUAAAGUUAGAUUAUUACAAACCGAAUUAGGAGUAGAAGAAAUAGUGAAAAACCGAUCUUCGAAAUUACUUUACGAAAGAUGUCGUUCUUAUUUAAAACCCGAAGCGAGAUAACCUAGCGGCGCAAUUAUUCGUUCAUUUUAUUUUGUAAAUUUGUUUUUUUUUUUUAUCAAGAACUUAGUAAUUGAUCAUGCAACGAGAUUGCACAAUGAACAUUGUAAAAAGAGACGUAUUGAAUAGGUGCUCAUGUGAAAGACUUGUUAGUAUGAAUUUCUAGUGAUAUGGUUUCAAAAUAAAUACCUGAGACGUUUA